AUGGAAAACCAAAGCAGCAUCAGUGACCUGCUUGUAAGUGCCUUUGACAACCUUCUUCAAGAUGACUUCAAAAGAUUUAGAGACAAACUAUCACACUCUGACUUUAAGGGGAAGGGUACCAUCCCCCGAGGUCAGCUGGAGAAUGCCGACAAAAUAGACACUAAGAACCUCUUGAUGAAAUUCUAUGGUGCAGAGACUGCAGUAGAUGUAACCGUAGAUGUUUUCAUUCAGCUCAAUCUCAGAGAUGCUGCUGAAAAACUCAGAGAAGAAAGAGAGAAAGCCUGGAACACCCUCCUGUGCCCCAAACAACCACCUGGUCACCCUUCUUACAGGGUGAAGUACAGAGAACAUAUAAAAAACAAAUACAGCGCAAUAAAAGACAUGAACUCUCGUCUUGGUGAGAAUGUGAAGCUAAACAGCAGAUACACAAAGCUGAUCAUUGUAAAUGAACAUCGUCACAAAAAACAGAGAGAAAAUGAAAUAAUGGCCUGGGGACGGAAACAUGCAGAAAUCAUGACUGAGCACGCUAGUCCUAUCACCAUAGGUGAUUUAUUUGAAACUGAUGGAAAUGGACAAUUACCACAAAUUGUGGUGCUGCAGGGAGCUGCAGGGAUUGGAAAAACACUGACAGCAAAAAAGAUCAUGUUGGACUGGGCAAAUGAAGAACUGUAUCAGAGCAGGUUUGAUUAUGUUUUCUACAUAAAUUGUAGGGAAAUUAACUUUGUCAGUGAGCAGGGAAGUGUUGAAGAUUUGAUCUUAAAGAAUUGUCCUGAUAAAAAUACACCAACUAAAGAGAUUCUGAUGACUCCAGAAAAACUCCUGUUCAUAAUUGAUGGCUUUGAUGAACUGAGAUUUUCCUUUAAUCAACCAGAAAGUAAUCUGUGCUCUGAUCCCUGUGAGAAGCAGCCAGUGGAAAUCAUACUGAGCAGUUUAUUUAGGAAAAAAGUGCUUCAUAAAUCUUACUUACUAAUUACAACAAGACCAGUUGCUCUGGAGAAUCUCUGGCAGUGUUUGGAAUGUGCACGCUAUGCGGAGAUAUUAGGAUUUUCUGAAGUUGAGAGAAAAGAAUAUUUCUACAAGUUCUUUGGGAAUGAAGAAAAAGCAAGAAAAUCCUUUAACUUUGUAAAAGAGCGUGAAAUGCUGUUCACCAUGUGCUUUAUUCCUAGUGUGUGUUGGAUCAUCUGCACUGUUCUGAAACAACAGAUGGAAGCAGGUGAAGAUCUUGCACAAACUUCCAGUACAAUCACUGGAGUGUACAUGCUCUAUCUCUUCAGUUUAUUAAAGGGUCACAUCAGCAUUUCAAAGCAACAGGUACAUGGUAACUUGAAGGGACUUUGCUCCUUGGCUGCAGAUGGACUCUGGAGGCAGAAAAUACUGUUUGAGGAAGAAGAUAUCAAGAAACAUGGCUUAGAUAAACCUGAUUCCCUCUUUCUGAAUGAGAACAUGUUUCAAAAAGACAUUGACUGUGAAUGUGUCUACAGCUUCAUUCACUUGAGUUUUCAAGAGUUUUUUGCAUCUUUGUUUUAUGUAUUGGAGAAAGAAGAAACAGUGGAAGAUCCAGAAACUGCUAUAUACCAUGUGAAAAAUUUGUUAGAAAAUUAUGAAAAAUCUGGAAAUUAUUCAUUAAUAGUGAGAUUCCUGUUUGGUUUUUUAAAUGAAGAGAGAAUGAAGGACAUGGAAAAAAAACUGAGCUGCAAAAUUUCACCCCUAUUUAAACCAAUUUUACUAAAGUGGGUAAAAACAAACUUUGCUAAAUGGGUGAUUGAGAGAUUUUUCCAACUUGAGGCAUUUCACUGUUUGUUUGAAAUUCAAGAAAAAAAAUUUGUAAGGAGUGCUAUGAAUCAUUUCACUGAGCUAAAAUUAACUUACCAUAACUUUACCAAAAUGGAUCAAAUUGUUCUUUCAUUCUGUAUAAAGAAUUGCUGUAAACUGGAGUCACUUUGUCUAAACAAGUGUACAUUUCAAAUUGAAGACCUGAAUGAAGAUUCCCCAGCACCAUCCAAGUGGUCACGUUGGGCACAGCAUCAGGAUAAGCCACAUCAUUCACCUAUUUACCUGCUCUGUCAAGCAUUGGAGGAUCCAAACUGUAAAUUAAAGACACUAAAAUUUACUGGAUGCUCUCUCACAGUCACUUGUUGUGAGGAUCUCUCCUCUCUUCUCAGUACCAAGCAGACCCUGACACAGUUGGACCUGGCGUUUAACCACCUCAGAGACCCAGGAACUAGGCUGCUAUGUGCGGGACUGAAAAACCCAAACUGCAAACUGCAGAAACUGAACUUGCGGGUUUGUUGUCUCACAGGCGCUUGCUGUGGGGAUCUCGCUACUGUUCUCGGAACCAGCCAGAGCCUGACAGAGCUGGAUCUGGGUUAUAAUAAACUGGGAGAUGCUGGCAUUCAGCUGCUGUGUGAGGGACUGAAACAAAACUGCAAAUUACAGAGUCUGCACUUGGACAAGUGUGGCGUCACAGCCCCUAGCUGUGGAACUCUUGCCGUUGUUUUCAGAACCAACCAGAGCCUGAGAAAGCUGGUGCUCAGUGAUCCUGAACUGGGAGAUUCUGGAGUGCGGCUACUGUGUAAGGGACUGAAACAUCCAAAUUGCAAAUUAAGGAGUCUGGUCUUGUCGGGGUGCGGUGUCACAGCUGCUGGCUGUGGGGAUCUUGCCGCUGUUCUCAGGAUCAGCCAGUGCCUAACAGAGCUGCAGCUCAGUAAUCCUGAACUUGGAGAUUCCGGAGUGCGGCUGCUGUGUGAGGGACUGAAACAUCCAAACUGCAAAUUACAGAGACUGGUCUUGCAGGGGUGUGGUGUCACAGAUGCUGGCUGUGAGGAUCUUGCCGCUGUUCUCAGAACCAGCCAAAGCCUGACAAAGCUGCAGCUAGGUAAUAAUGAUCUGGGAGAUUCCGGAGUGUGGCUGUUGUGUGAGGGACUGAAACACCCAAACUGCAAAUUAGAGAGUCUGCGCUUGUGGAAGUGCGGUGUCACCGACACUGGCUCUGGGGAUCUUGCUGCUGUUCUCAGAAUCAGCCAGUACCUGACAACGCUGGAGCUGGGUUAUAAUUAUCUGGGAGUUUCUGGAGUGCGGCUGCUGUGUAAGGGACUGAAACAUCCAAACUGCAAAUUAGAGAGUCUGCGCUUGUGGGGGUGUGGUGUCACAGCCGCUGGCUGUGGGGCUCUUGCCACUGUUCUCAGAACCAGCCAGAGCCUGACAGAGCUGGACCUCAGUUAUAAUCAAUAUAUAGGAGAUUCUGGAGUGGAACUACUAUGUGAGGGACUGAAACAUCAAAACUGCAAAUUACAAAGACUGGGGUUCACCCAUGUUGAUUUAACUACAGGAAUGCGGGCAGAGCUGAAUGCUGUGAAAAAGGUAAAACCUAAUCUGGACAUAGAAUUAUAGACAAGGUAUUGAACGGGAGCCACUGCACCAAGACAGCACUGGCCUGGCUGCCCUGCCACUAGCUGGGUCAGCAGCCAGGGACAGUUGAGAACCUGGCCCUCCUAAGAGGGAUCCCACCAUUCCCAGAGACUCCAUCAUCCUGGGAUCCAAUGUGGAAUUAUGAUUCUGUUCCAAUCGCUCAGUCACUCUUUGUUGUAUGUUUCUUCCCCCCGCCCCUACAGUUUUACACAA